AUGGCCACUAUUGUACAGAAAAAGACCGAAGAGUCUAGAACUCCGGAAAAAAUGGACGUUGAGGAGGAGCUGGAUGAAGAAGUUCUUCGCAUGUCUGUUGAAGACUUGAAGAGUCGUAUUCACCUUAUCGAUAAUGAUAUCCGAAUCAUGAGAAGUGAAGUCCAAAGAAUCAAUCACUCCGCGCAGACUUUGAAGGAAAAAAUUAAGGAGAACACAGAAAGAAUUAAGGUAAACAAAACAUUGCCUUAUCUCGUUUCUAACGUUGUUGAACUACUCGAUUUAGAAGACACUCAGGAAGAAGAAGGUGCAAAUGUUGACUUGGAUGCGCACAAAACCAAAUGUGCUGUGAUCAAGACUUCCACUCGUGCUACAUACUUCUUACCUGUUGUUGGUCUUGUCGAAUCAUCUGAACUGAAACCCGGUGAUCUUGUUGGUGUCAAUAAGGAUUCAUACUUGAUCUUGGAAAAAUUGCCCGCUGAAUAUGACUCUCGUGUUAAGGCUAUGGAGGUCGAUGAACGUCCAACCGAACAGUAUUCAGAUAUUGGAGGAUGUGACAAACAGAUUCAAGAGUUAAUUGAAGCUGUCGUUCUUCCAAUGACUCACAAAGAACGCUUUAUUAACCUUGGUAUCCAUCCACCAAAAGGAGUUCUUAUGUAUGGACCUCCAGGUACUGGUAAAACAAUGAUGGCCCGUGCUGUUGCUGCUCAAACUAAAUCCACUUUCUUAAAACUUGCUGGACCACAACUUGUUCAAAUGUUUAUCGGAGAUGGUGCUAAGUUGGUUAGAGAUGCUUUUGCUUUGGCCAAAGAAAAAGCCCCAGCCAUUAUAUUUAUUGACGAACUUGAUGCUAUUGGUACUAAACGUUUCGAUUCCGAGAAGGCUGGAGAUCGUGAAGUCCAAAGAACUAUGUUGGAACUUUUGAAUCAGUUAGAUGGUUUCCAACCCAAUGAUGAGAUCAAGGUUAUUGCUGCUACUAACCGUAUCGAUGUAUUAGAUCCUGCUCUCUUGCGUUCUGGACGUUUAGAUCGUAAAAUCGAACUUCCCCAUCCAAACGAAGAUGCCAGAGCUCGUAUUAUGCAAAUCCACUCACGUAAAAUGAACGUAAACAAAGAUGUUAAUUUCGAAGAGCUUGCUCGUUGUACAGAUGAUUUCAAUGGUGCCCAGUGCAAGGCUGUUUGUGUAGAAGCGGGUAUGAUUGCAUUGCGACGUGACGCUACAGAGAUCGUCCACGAAGAUUUCAUGGACGCCAUCUUAGAGGUUCAAGCCAAGAAGAAGGCUAGCUUGAACUACUAUGCUUAA